UGUGGCUUGAGAGUAGACAGCGAAUACGAUACAACCCCCAUCAAAUCCUUCAACUGGUUCUCACAAUUUUAGUUUUCGAAAAACACAAACCACUUGCCUCCAACCCGCAAACCCUUCAACUACAAACCAACCAAACAAAGAUGAAGCUUUUGGAUACUGAAGUAAGCAACUUCUCUGCCCCAAUGGAGUCAACCAAGCCAAGCAUGGAGGGAGUUGACAUCAAGCCCAUGGAUGUGUUGUGUGGCCGUGGAAAGAAUUCUUUUAACCAUGUUGGAAACCGCAAAUUUCGUGACAUUGUGGCCGAAGCCAUUCCUGGAUAUGUAACUGCUACCUCCAGGGCCACCAAAUCUGAGAUUGUCACGUCCAUUGUCCGUCUGGUCCAAGAGAACGGGGGCCGCUUUCUCAAGCAAGAUACCAAGCGAAAAGUGUGGUAUGUCUUGAACUACACUCAAAGCAAGGAAAAGGCAGGACACGCCAUUCGGGAUGCCACCAUCACAGAAGAGUCCAAAAAACAACGGGCCCGCAAGAGGAAGAUGAUGCGUGCUGCCGCCAGCGGAAAUUCUCCUCGCAGAAACUCGUCUGCUUCCACUUCUUCUGCCUCAACUGCUUCCAGUGUUCCAUCCUUGGAGAAAGAAAACAAUCAUGUUCAUGACAUUGAAAGUAUCACCAUCAAAAACAACCAAGCACGCCACCAGCUCGAACCAUCGGGCUGCAAGGACGAUUUUUCCCUCGUGAACACUUCACUAACGGACCUGACCAGGGAUAUCAUGGCAUUGGACGACCAACCGACAAAUCCUAUUGACUGCUUAUCCAGCAUGCUCAUGGCUCAUUUCCCCGAAAAACUUCUCCCAGAGGAAUCUCUUUCAUCUUCCGCCUUUGAGCCUCUCCCUCUGGAUGAUCCCUUCAACACCUACAUUGACCAAUUGCUUGGGCCACUCACUGGAUUCUAAGCUGACUGCAGCCUUCCGAUUUUUACUGCAUCCUUCCUACACAAUCAUCCAACCUCUUAGAACAUACAUACUAUAACAAUAAUACCUAGGGAAUAUCACUUUUAUGCUAC